AUGACCGUCCCAAGGUCAAACAGAGCGGUCGUUCUGGCCGCUGUGGUCUUCAUCACCAUAUUUCUUGGUCUGGCGCAUUUCCACCUAAAGACGCCCAGCGAAACAGCUGCCGCAGUCGGCAACGGCAACAGCAACAGCAACAGCGGAGUCGACGAGCCUGCGCCUUUCAUCCCCGAGAAAGAAGCCGCCGCUGCGGCACCGACUUUUGUUCCCGCUGUAGACGAAGGAAUUGGCGGUGCACCCGCUGUCGAGACCGUCACCGAAGUCGUCGAGGUUGAGCCAACACCAACACCAACGCCUCCCUCCGCGGCUGAAGCUGAGGCUGAGGCCGAGGCUGAGCACGAUCACGACCACGAGCAUGAACAUGAACAUGAACAUGAGCACAAAGUUACCCCUCAGAAGCCCGACUUCGAUCCCGAAGAGGCUCCCAGCGACCCCGAAGAGCUCGCUGCCGCCGAUGCAGCCAGUACUCCUACUCCUUCUCCCAUCGCCGAGGAAGAGGCUCUCCCUACGCCUGAUGAGCUCUCCGAAGCUCCCGCCCUGCCUGAUACCCCUUCUUCCGAACUCAACCUCGAUGCCUUCACCCCCGAGAAAUGGAUCCGUCCCGCCGUAAAGGUCAACGAUCCUGAAUACUUCCCCUACGGCCACUGGCCCUCCAAGCUCCCCUCUGACAAGCCCAUCUGGAACGAGCCGCUCGGCAAGAAGCUCUGCAUUGUUGAUCUUGAGAGUCGUCGUUUCGAUAAGCCUGGCUAUCUCUGGUCGGACGAAAUGACUUGGAACAAGAGCCGAGAGGUCCACGGCCCGUCUGGUGGCACAUUGAACCACUGGGUCUACUCCAAGAUCCACGGAUACCAGUACUACCACAUCAAGAUCAACAGCUACUCCGACCGUCGCGAUUCUUGGAAGAAGCCGUCUGUCCUCGCCCAAGUCCUCAAGAAGCAUGAUGUCUGCGUCUUCAUCGACUCGGAUGCCCUCUUCAACCGCCUCGACCUCCCUCUCGAGUGGCUCAUGAACUACUGGAGCAUCACCCCCCAGAACAACUCCAUGGCCCUGCCUUUCGACCCCGAUACCCAGCACAACCGCGACCGAAGGGGCAACCUGUUCCUCAACACUGGCUUCAUGAUCAUGCAGAACAAGCCCAAGACCUACGAAAUUUUCAAGGAGUGGGAUGACUGCGCCAAUGAUGGUGGUCGCUUCCCCGACUGUACCGAGUUCCGUAACCGUAAGGGUUGGCAGCCUACUGAUCAGGGCGGUUUCGGCACCUUCAUUCGCUACGCUUAUGACUCCGAGAUUCGCUCGCUGCCCUGCACAGAGGCCAACGGUUUCCCCGAGAGUAACUCGGGCUGCGAUGGCAAGUUUAUCAAGCACGUCUGGAUUGGCAAGGAGGAUCGCCUUGUCCAGGCCGUCGGCGCUGUUUUCCCGGGCGUCCUCCUUGAGACCUUCCACAAGCAGUUCCUCAAGGAGUCAGAGAGCUUUAAGACUUCCGAGGACGAGCUUAUUGCUGCCAAUGGACGUCCUUGGUAA